AUGCGGGAUGGAGUAGAGGUAUUUGAAGCAUUUCCCGAGGUGAAUGAAAUGAUUUUCCGAACCGACAAUGGCCACUCCUUAGAAGCAAACUCUCUGCGGCUAAAUCUGAAGGAUUUCGCAACAGUGGAUCUUAUAAAGAACUAUACAGACCUGUGCCGCCAUGAGAUUGUCAUAUCCUCAAAAACACUGUGUGAUUUUCUUUCGCAGGCUGAGUCGAGGCAAGAGACACAGGAGCGACACAUGGGCUCUACCAACCGGAUUCGACCAGGAGUUCAGAAGCGUCGCCGACCUGUAACUCCGGAUUCGGAUACUCAAUCCGAGGAAGAGACAAAGCGAGUUCGUUACGAUGAUAGUGAAUACUACCCUAGUUCAUCACCCAUACGACUGAACGGCUAA